AUCCCGGAUUAGUUCACUGACGGAGAUGCAGCUGAGCCUUUGCCAAAUCAAGCCUGGCUGCUGCGUAACCCACAGCAUGCAGUGAGCAGGGCAGACAGCUGAGAGAUGGAGGCAUUCAUUGAAAGUUGUCCCUGGAAAAAUAUCGAGCGGGAGCAGAACCUGGAGACUCGGCUUUCCGCAAGAAACACAGAGCAGAGAGGCUUUACUUCAAAGCCGUCUUUGGACCUUUGCAGAACCCAUUGUGCAAGCCUGCCAGGACGUUGCUGUGUUUACUGUAUAGUGUAUUUAUAACAGCAGAUCAAGAGACUCCAGAGGCAAAUUCCUCCCAGGGAAUGUUUCCGUGGCUCCCGGGGGGACAAACCGAGCAGCCACACACUCUGCCUGAAACCCGAAGGAAUCACUAUGUUAACCACAGGGCUCCGCUUAAGCUCACAACACCUGGAUAUAAACGGCUGCGAGCCAGAGAGAUAACCUGGUCCCCCAUCAACAGGUCCCUGGAUGCCCCGCGGCGCUCUGUCCUCCGCCGCCCGGUGCGUUCCAAUGGCCGGGAGUUGACCCCGCCCACCAGGAUGACGCUGCGCGAGCAGCUGAGGCAGAAGAUCUCGGCGGCCUUCUACCGCCACGGGCUGCUGUGUGCCUCCUACCCAGUACCCAUCAUCCUCUUCACCUCGGCCAGCAUCCUCACCUGCUGCUAUCCGUUAUUGAGGCUUCCCCUGCCUGGGACGGGUCCUGUGGAGUUCACCACAGGGGUGCGAGACUACAGCGUCCCUUCCCAUGAGCCUCAGGGAGACCUCGGGGAACGACCCGACUGGUACCGGGGUCCGCCGGUCGCCUACAUCCAGCAGGUGCUGGUGAAGGCAGCGGUGUCUCCGUGGGACAGCAGCCUGGUGCCGGUGGACAUGUUUCGGUCGCCCCUGGGUCGAGUCUUUACCCUGCUGGAGGAGAUCCGUAACCACGUCCACACUGACAGCUCUGGGGUUCGCAGUCUGGAGGCGUUGUGUCUCCAGGUGACCGACCUGUUUCCAGGGUUACGACGGAUGCAGUCGGUGCUUCCAGAGCACGGCUGCCUGCUCGUCUCCCCCGGCAACUACUGGCAGAACCAGCGGGAGCUGUUCGACUCGGACCCCGACCUCCUCAAGACCAUCCAGAAACACGAACCCAAAGGCCUGCACACCUCGGCCACACUGCGAGAUCUGCUGUUCGGCGUCCCUGGAAAGUACACAGGGGUCAGUCAUUACAACAGGAAGAGGGUGGUGACGUACACGAUCACCGUGGUGCUGUCCAGCUACGAUGCAAGGUUCCUGGGCAGCCUGCGGGCGCGUCUGAAGCAGCUCCACCCGUCGGCCAACUGCAGCCUGAGAGACGACCACAUGGUUCACGUCCACUUCAAGGAGGAGAUCGGGAUCGCGGAGCUCAUCCCCCUCGUCACCACAUACAUCAUCCUUUUUGCCUACAUCUACUUCUCCACACGUAAGAUUGACAUGGUGAAGUCGAAGUGGGGCCUGGCUCUGGCUGCUGUGGUCACCGUGCUCAGCUCUCUGCUAAUGUCGGUGGGACUGUGCACGCUGUUUGGACUGACACCGACGCUUAAUGGAGGGGAGAUCUUUCCGUACCUGGUGGUGGUCAUCGGCCUGGAGAACGUCUUGGUCCUCACAAAGUCUGUCGUGUCCACACCGGUCGACCUUGAGGUCAAACUCCGCAUCGCUCAGGGCCUUAGUAAUGAGAGCUGGUCUAUCAUGAAGAACAUGGCCACUGAACUGUGCAUCAUCCUCAUUGGAUAUUUCACUCUAGUUCCAGCUAUCCAGGAGUUCUGUUUGUUUGCUGUUGUGGGGCUGGUGUCGGACUUCUUCCUGCAGAUGUUCUUCUUCACCACAGUGCUGUCUAUAGACAUCCGCCGCAUGGAGCUGGCCGACUUGAACCGCCGCCUGCCGGCAGAAGCCGGGCUCCCUCCUCCCAAACCAGGCCCACUGCGUCCACGUGAGGUCCCCCCCCCACCACGACCCUCCCCCCACACGAUCACCCUGCAGACCCCGUCCUUGAGGACCCUGAGGCUCCCUAAGAGGCUGCGUGUGGUGUAUUUCCUGGCUCGCACACGCCUGGCUCAGCGUAUCAUCAUGGUUGGCACGGUGAUCUGGAUCGGCAUCCUCGUCUACACCGACCCAGCCGGGAUCCGCACCUACCUGGCUGCACAGGUGUCUGAGCAAAGCCCCCUGGGAGAUCCCGGAGGAGCCGGCCUGCCUCCGCAACUGGGGGUGGCCCCCGUCUUCCGUGGUGGAGAUACCACCAGCACCCUCAGCAUCCACCCCGCACCAGAUCCAACUCCCGUACCCGAGAACCAAUCGCAGGGCCACUACGGCUCGGCCAGGGCGGGGUCCGAGGGAGGGGCCCCGCCCGCGGUGCCUCAGAUCACGUGGGGGUCGGAGGACGAGGAGGGCUGGAGGAGACUGUCCUUCAGGCACUGGCCGUCGCUCUUCAGCUACUACAACAUCACUUUAGCCAAGAGGUACAUCAGCAUCCUGCCCGUCAUUCCCGUCACCGUGCACCUGAGUCCCCAGGAGGCCAUUGAGACACGACACCCUCAGGACACGAGACAUCCCCCCCCGCCCAUCCCCAAAGUCUCUGCAGAUCUACAGACUGACCUCACCCUCUACAAGGUGGCGUUUCUGGGCCUGGCGGCGGGCGUCCUGCUGGUUCUGCUGCUCUUCUGUCUCUACCGUGUUCUCUGCCCACGUAACUACGGUCAAAACGGCGUCACCCACGGACGCCGGCGCCGAGGGGACCUGCCCUGUGACGAUUACGGCUACUCGCCCCCCGUCAGCGAGAUCUCACCACUUCUGCUGAGGGGCCACAGCAUGGAUAUCGAGUGUUUGGCCAGUGACGGGAUGCUGCUGGCGAGCUGCUGCCUGGCCGGACAGAUCCGUGUUUGGGACGCCCAGACCGGAGACUGUCUGACCGUCAUCCCAAACCACGGGCUGACACGGAGCAACAGCAGUGGCUGCUGGGAGCAGCGGGACGGCUGGGACAGCAUGAGUGGAACGGCCGAGCUGGAGGGUUUAGGCUCUGACGGCUACGACCGCUGCAACCCUGGCGACGGCCUCUCGGAGGACGAGGCGUACCCACUGAGACGCCGCUCUGCCCCCGCCCGGCCGACACUGUUCAACGACCAGCCCGAUCUCACCCCGCUCAUCGACACCAACUUCACCUGCCUGCCGCCCUCCCACCUCUCCAUGCCCCCCAGGGCAGGGUUUGACUUUGGCGGUCUGGUGGAGCGCGCCUACAUGGAGCACGAGCCCCCUUCGCCCUCUGGUCACCCCUCUCCUUCCUCAACCUCCUCCUCGCCGCCCUCAGCAGCUCAACUCCAGAGAAGGCCCAGCCUCGGGGACGCAGCCGGCGUCUUUACCCAGGAAAGAGUCUCCGCAGCAGGAACGCAGGCGACGGCCGACUGGGAAAGUUCCGUCUGGGCCCUGGAGCUGAGAGGGAAUCUGAUCGCUGCUGGGAGGAGCAGCGGUAAACUGGAGCUGUGGGAUGCUGUGGAGGGUUCGUUACGCUGCAAUAAUGAAGACGGUGUAUCGGGGAUCACAGCUCUCGCCUUCCUCAACAACAGAAUUGUGGCGGCUCGACUCAACGGGUCUCUGGAUUUCUUCACGGUUGACAUGAACAAACCUCUGGGUCUGCUGCAGUACAGAGGUGGACCUGGACGAGGCAGCAUGCCUCCGUCUCCCUGUUACAGCAGCGAGGACGCCAUCAGCGUCCAGCUCACACGCUCGAUACAGUGCGCUCACCACAAGCCCAUCACGGUGCUGCGAGCGGCCGCCGGGAGGGUCGUCACCGGCAGCCAGGACCACACAGUCCGGGUUUAUCGUCUGGAGGACUCGUGCUGCCUCUUCACGCUGCAGGGUCACUCAGGAGGGAUCACCGCCAUCUACAUAGACCAGACGAUGGUUUUGGCGAGCGGUGGGCAGGAUGGCGCCAUCUGCCUGUGGGACGUCCUGACAGGCAGCCGGGUCAGCCAUGUUUACGGUCACCGUGGCGAUGUCACCUCUCUGGUCUGCACCACCACCUGUGUCAUCAGCUCAGGACUGGAUGACCUCAUCUGCAUCUGGGACCGAAGCACCGGGAUCAAACUCUACUCGAUACAGCAGGAAGUGGGAUGCGGCGCCAGUCUGGGCGUGAUCUCCGAGUCCCUCCUGGUCACGGGGGGCCAGGGCUGCGUCUCCUUCUGGGACCUGAGCUUCGGGGACCUGCUGCAGACGGUGUACCUGGGCCAGAGCAGCGACGGCCAGGGCGUCCGGCAGCUGCUGGUGCUCGACAACGCCGCCAUCGUCUGCGACUUUGGCAGCGAGCUCAGCCUGGUGUACGUGCCCUCGGUGCUGGAGAAGCUUGACUGAGGGGGGGGGCGGUGAUGGUGGGGAACUUGAUCAUUCAUCUGACUUUCCCAGCUUUUGGGGGGGUUUUUUUACUUUCUUUUGUUGUUUCUGACCCGGAUGAGACACAAUCAUUCGACCGGUUUCUAUCUGCGUACGAGGUUCUUUAACUUUUUUAUAGGCGUGGGAUGUUUUAAAAGCCUGGAUGUAACGAGGAACACUGUGCGACCUGCUGCGUUUAAUCAGAGGAGACACCAGACACAGACGUGUGGACAUUUCCCGCGGGGUGUCGGUCAACAAGAAGAAGAAGAAGCUGGAUGUUUGGCCCCUGACGAGGAUCCGGCAGUCACCGGUUUGUGCUUUUUGUUUGCUCGCGUUCGUUUUGUGGCGCUGCCCUCUAUGCUGCUGAUACGGGUGGGGCUUCACAGCGACCCGCCCAGAGAGGAAGAGGAAACCCUCUCUCUUUAUUUUUUAAAUAUUCCCGCUGCCUCGUUCGCUCGAGCGCAGCCGGCGUGAGCUCAGCAGGUUUACAGCCUGUCGUGAUGAUCUGAGCAGAUAUACGUGAGUGUGUGUGUCUGUGUGUGUGGUUGUGUGUGUGUUUUGGUGUGUGUGUGUGUGUGUGUGUAGUGGAGAUGGAUGAAUGAAUGAGUCGAGGCUCUUUUUAUGGCAAAAACACUGCUGAGAACAAAACCAUGUUGUGAGUGGAACGUGUGUGAGGGAGAAGUGAUGAUCACUGUACAAAGUAAACCUCCAGAGGGGACUUGUUUUUAUAUGUAAAAAAAUCUAUUAUUUAUUAGCGAUACUUUUUUGAAUAACAGUUUGUUUAUUAACGGCUAAUCCUGGCUCUUAAACAAGAACAUAAUAAUGUGGAUACAGAUGUAAGGUGGUGAUCAUGUGUUUGG